GUAGUUUUUAAAAAAAGUACUUUUAAGGGACUUCAAUCAAAGGCGGAUUAUUCGGCGGUGAAAUUAAAAAAAGUCGAGCGAAAAUGCUUACAUCCAGAAAUUAUGUUAAUUCGCAUAAAAGGUGAGAAGAAUGUUGAUGUGAGGUUGGUUGCACCAAUUUAUACAUCUUUACAUUCAUAUGCGUCAUUUGUUUUGGUUACGCAUUCCAGGAUAUUUCUUUAUCAUGGAAAUUAUUCUAAUUUGCUUGAAAGGACCAAAGCAAUAUUAUUUGCAACAAAUAUUUGUAAUAAAAACGGUAUGCUUAGUUGUUUCGCAAAAACUGUAGAAAAUGUUAAUAAUGAUAGCGAAAAUAGUGAUUUUUGGCUAUUGUUGGGCAACGAAAAUCAAAAUUCACCAUUGCUAUUCAAUGAUAUUCCUCGAGAAUUGCUUAUGAUUUGCGAACCUUUUGAAAAAUUCAUCGCUAAAUUAAAUGUUGUUUAUCGAGUAUUUGACGAUUUAACUAUAUUAACUGCGAUGUCUUCGAAUAUACCAAAUCGAAAAUUGUUCUCCGAUUCGAAUGUUUUGAUUUUCGAUUUCGGUUCGGAAAUUUAUGUUUGGAUUGGAUCGAAUCGUUCUCAAGGAUUACCUUUCGUAUGCGAUUCGAAAAUGUUGUUUGGUACCGUUUUCGAUGAGAAAAGACCAGAAUGGUGCCUUUUAUUGAAAAUAAACCAAGGUGUUAUCGAUUUGCUUUUUGAAAGCAAAUUUCACGACCGGGAAAUUUUGAAAGAUGUUUCACCAAGAAAGCAACAAAUUCAAUCGUCUCAAAACAAACGAUCCAAUUCGAUUAAUAAUGAUGAAAAUUUAGCUUAUCAGUUAGGACGUUUCCUCGCUAAUAAUCGACAAGUUGAAUCAGCUUAUGUUCUUGAAGACAUUGAAAUAUGCCGCAGUGCUAACAAUGUUUUCACUGAACAACUUACAUAUUUCGUUUUGGACGAUGAUUAUGAUCUGCGUGAAAUUGAUAGCCUUUGGCUGUUUAAGAUGGAUACUUGCUAUGUGAUUAAAUGGAAUUAUCGAGUUGAACGAGCUGAACGAAUUGAACAUGAGACAGGAAGACCAAGAACAGCUUUUUUUUACUGGUUAGGUUCUAAAACAACAAAAAAGCAACAAGGACUUUGUGCGAUGGCUUUGAGAAAUUUGGAUAAAGAAAGACAUCCUCAUGAACGAAUUAUGCAGGGUCAAGAGCCAUUCAUUUUCCUUCAGCUUUUUGAUGGUAACAUGGUCGUAGCUGGAGAAGAUAGUGGCAUUUUUUACAUGCACGGUUCAUCCAUUUCGAGUGAAUGUUAUUUGGUGGAACUUCAAAAUGAAGUCAUUCUUCGUUCACAUGCGAUUUAUAUUAUUGUCAACAGUGAAGUGACGAUUUGGUAUGGCGCAGCAUUGAAAUUUGCGAAUAAAAUCGUUAACGGUGGUCAUCCUUAUUUUAAAUUAUUAAAAAAUAGUGCAAAAAUAGAAGAAAUUGUUGAAUGCGAUGAAAAGGUUGACCUACCUGUUAUUAAAGCUGAUAAUUGGACAAAUGUUAGUUUUAAACUGCUUAAUUUAGAUACUAUGAUUGUCGAUCAGGGUUCACGCUUAUGGUUGUGGAAUGAUUCAGUAGUGAGCACUUUUUCAUUACUUGUUGCAAAAGCGUUUUGGGAAAAUCGUUCUGGUCAGAUGACAGUUAUUUAUAAAAAUCAUGAGCCAACUUCGUUCAAGGCUCUUUUUCCACAGUGGUGUGAUUUCGACGAACAGCAUCCAUCAAAGAAUCUCGAUGGAAAUUCGGAUGCAAUUGAAGUCAAUGAGCUUCUUCGUAAUCGUGCUCAGUUUUGGCCCUUGGAGAAAGUAAUCGCUCGAGAUUUACCUAAUGGGUUGGAUUUCAGCAAUUUGGAGAAAUAUUUAGACGAUGACGACUUCCAAUUGGCAUUUAAAAUGAAUCGAAAUUGUUUUUACUCGUUACCCGUAUGGAAACAAAUCGAAAUGAGGAAGAAGAACAAAUUAUUCUAA